AAAUGUCUGAAGAAGAAUUAGUAAACAAGUUCAUUGAUAACAUUUCAAAUGAGCUUCACUACAAAAACCCGGAAGAAGUCGUCUAAAAUGUAUAUCAAUUGAUUGAUUUAACAUGUAACAAAUAGUUAAUAAUUUUAGAGAUCCUGUUGGAAAAAAUAAGAAUACUAAACAUUGAAAAACAUGAUCAUUAAUAGGAAUUGGAGGCUUAGAAUGAUACUUUAAGAGCUGAAAUAGCAUUCAACCUCUAACAGUAAAUGUAAAUGCAAGUAUAGUACUCUAAUUAUUUAGCGUAUUUAAGAUGAGUUAUUGUAAAAAUAGGAUACAUUAUACGAGAAACUACUAAUCCUUGAAGAAGAAUUGAAAUAGUAAUAAAUUCUUAAUGCAAUUUAUAAAAACUAAGUAUAAAAUCCUUAACUUUUAUGAUAGUUAGAAUCGAAGUAACAUAAUGGAGAAAAUCAAAAUGUAGAACAGUUUGUCUUUGAACUUAAAGAACUGUAGAUUGAAAAUGAAUAUUAAAAGUAAUAAAUCCAAUCUCUGAAAUCUAUAAUUUCAUAAAAUAAGUAGGAUUAUUAAUCGUAAUUGAUGUCAAAUUCAUCCCUAAUUUAACAUUAAGAAGCCAUUAUAAAAAGUAGAAUUUUAUUUUAUUUUAGAUAUGAAGGACGAACUAAGCACUUAAAGAUAACAAAUCAGAUAGUUAAAAUCAGAAAAUAAAUAGAUUAAUGAUCAAAUAUUUGAGAAAUAAUAAUCAGCCUUGAAGGAGAUAACAAAUUCACCAUUUCUUCAGAAUGCACACUCAAUUAAUACCAAGUAGAAGACCAUUGUGAAUGAACAGAAGGAUUCUAAGAAAAAUUAAUUUUCAUCUUAAAAAAGGUAUUUGUAGGCUGAUGACUUAUAUGAUGUCAAUUAAUUUACACUUCUUGAAUGUGAGUUGCAAGAUACCAACUAUAAUACCACUUUAAAUACUUGUUGUAGAAAUAGCUAUAAUUUUAAAAAAGUAUAAAUAAAUGAAUAGCCUACUCCAGUAUAAAGAAACAUCUAUAAAGUAAAUUCUAUUUAAAUUCAAAUUAGGACUUUUUUAAUUUAACAUCCUAAUGUGUUAAAUUGAAUUUGAAUGAAGAAAAAUUACUGGAUUCAAGAGUUUCCCAUUUGUUUGAUGAAUAUGUUGACUAAAAGAUACCAUACCAUUAAUGGUACAAUGAAAUAAAGAAAUACUUAUUGACUUUAUUAUGA